AUGGGUUUUGCAGCGUAUAAGGCCAGACUGAACGACAUUGUGUCAGGCUCCAUUGUGGGCCGGUACUUCCACCUUGAGGGAUCUGGUCACCCGAAUGAGAUCAAGAAUGCGAGAUUCACCACCGAGCUGCGGGCUGGCUUGACCACCUUCUUUACCAUGGCAUACAUCAUUGCCGUCAACGCGUCGGUCCUCACAGACUCGGGUGCCACAUGCGUCUGUAACGAUGCAAACGACCCAACCUGUCUUACCGAUCCCGCCUACAACCUCUGCCUGGUUGAGGUAAACCGCGAUCUCGUCACUGCCACCGCUGCCAUUGCUGCCUUUGGCUCCUUCCUCAUGGGUAUCAGCUCCAACCUCCCGGUCGCCGUUGCACCUGCCAUGGGUUUGAACGCAUACCUUGCCUACCAGAUUGUCGGCUUCCACGGAACUGGCCCGAUCAACUACCGCGUCGCCAUGAUGGCAGUGUUUGUUGAAGGCUUCAUCUUCAUCGCUCUGUCUCUGCUCGGAAUCCGUCAGUGGCUGGCUCGCAUCAUCCCCGCUUCCAUCAAAGUGGCUUGCGGUGCUGGUAUCGGUCUCUUCCUCACCUUGAUCGGACUGUCGUACUCUGCUGGUAUUGGCGCCAUCACCGGCUCAAAGGCCACCCCUUUGGAGCUCGGAGGCUGCCCACCUCAAUACCUCGACCCCGACACGGGCUCUUGUCUGUCUCACAAGGCAACUUCACCUACGCUCUGGCUUGGCUUCAUGGUUGGCGGCGUCAUGACAGCACUGCUCAUGACCUACAAAGUCCGAGGCGCCAUGAUUGUCGGCAUCGCUCUGGUGUCCAUCUUCUCCUGGCCCCGCGACACCUCUAUCACCUUCUUCCCCCGCACAGAGGUCGGUGACGCCCGUUUUGAGUUCUUCAAGAACGUUGUCGGCUUCCACCCGAUUAAGCGGAUCUUGGUUGUCCAGGACUGGACGCUCUCGACUAUCGACGGCAACGCCGCUGGCCAGUUCAUCCUCGCUGUCUUCACCAUGCUGUACGUCGACAUUCUCGACGCCACCGGCACCUUGUAUUCUAUGGCCCGCUUUUCUGGUGUUGUCGACCCCGACACGGGCGAUUUCCCCAAGAGCACCAUCGCGUACAGCGCUGACGCCUUCGCCAUCUCCAUCGGCUCGCUCUUCGGCUCCUCGCCCGUCACUGCCUUUGUCGAGUCCGGCUCUGGCAUCCAGGAAGGCGGUCGCACGGGCCUGACAGCUAUGACCACCGGCGUGUGCUUCUUCAUCUCGCUCUUCUUUGCGCCCAUCUUCGCAUCGAUCCCACCAUGGGCGACUGGCGGUGCUUUGAUUCUCGUCGGCUGCAUGAUGAUGCGCGGAAUGACGGCGAUCAACUGGAACUACCCAGGAGACUCCAUCCCGGCAUUCGUCACGCUCAUGUUCAUGCCUUUCUCGUACUCUAUUGCGUACGGUCUGGUCGCUGGUAUCAUGUGCUACGCCAUCAUCAACUCUGUCACCUGGGCCCUCGGCGCCAUCUCAGGAGGCCGCGUCCUGCCUCCUGACUACGAUGACAAGGAGUACUGGAGCUUCCGUUCUGAUUCUGCUCGCAACCAGCCAUGGUUCAUCCGCGCCAUCAAGGGCGACAAGCGGUUCUGGAGGCCUGAUAGCAAUGACUCGUUUGAGCUUCAGUCCGCAGAGAUUCGCGCUAAAGAAUAG